AUGUUUGUAUUGCAACGAAUGUUUUGUUCGGCGUUAUCCAUCACGACUUGCGAGUGCUCUCAACACUCUGGAGAAGGACAUCUCUCAUACCUUCGCCCUAAGCGCAAAAGCCCCGAAAUCUACAUGUUCUUAUUGGCAAAACUACAUGUGGAAUCUUUGUCUCGAAAGAUUAGUCGCAAAGACGUGCGUAUUGCGCUGAAAACUCUACCCAGUACCUUGAAUGCCACAUAUUCAGAUGCCCUCGAAAGAAUCUACAGUCAGGAUUCAGAGUCUGCUGAAUUGGCUGAGUUGAUCCUGUUCUGGGUUGUCUCCGCUAAGAGGAGUCUCACAGUCCAAGACUUGCAACACCUGUAUGCCACACGAGAGCUGUCGGAUGGGGAGUCCCUUGACGAAGAUGACAUCCCAGAUGGCGACAUUUUGACGGGAGUGUGCAGUGGUCUCAUUAUUGUGGAUGAAGAAUCGCAACUGGUUCGUCUGGUCCAUUACACUGCCCAGCAGUACUUUGAGAACUGUCACCAUACUCGACUAUUGGAAGCAAAAAUGAGCCUCGCAAACAUUAGCCUGACAUACCUGACGUUGUCCAACUUUUCCAGAGGAUUCUGUACGACCGACGAGGCCAUGUCUCUCCGCUUAAAGCAAUUUCCCUUCCUCGUUUACGCUGCCAAGUACUGGGGUUCAGAUCUUGCCGAGCUGGACUGUGCCGACAUUGGGCCAAGGAUUGAGAAAUUUUCUUCUGGAGCGGCUGCAGUAGAAGCUGUCAAUCAAGCAUGGAGUCUGAAGACUACCAAGUUCCAAUACACAAAUUGGAGCCAGGAGUUUCCUAGACACGUACCUGUGCUUGUACUGAUAAGCGCCUUCUGUCUCCCAGAGGUUCUGCAAUACCUGGUAUCACAAGGCCAUAAGAUUAAUGCCAGAGGGAGCGACGGCGAGACUGCCCUUAUUCGAUCAGCCGGUUUCGGACAUGUAGAAAAUGUACAGAUGCUCCUUGAACUGGGCGCAGACGUUAAUAUGAAGGCGGCGAGCGACUUGACGGCGCUCAUGUCUGCAGUUUCCAGUGGCAAUCUCGAAGUUGUCAAGACCUUGGUCGAAGCGGGCGCCGAUUUCAAAGCAGAAACAGUUUGGGGAGACUCUGCAUUGAGCAUUGCAACCCGCAGUGGCCAAGAAGCCAUUGCUAAUUACCUUUCCGAUCAAGGAGCGAUUCUACCCAAGGGACCUGCAGGGCGCCGCGCCUCCAUAAUAGCCUCUCGCAAGGGUCUCCAUCAGUUGGUCAGGAAACUCACUGCCAACUAUGACGCUGUCGCCGACAAACCGCUAGAGCGACAGAGUUCGAGGCUCAUGGAGGGACUGUCUGACAUCCAGGAAGCAGAACAAGUUGCUUCUGAUACAAAUGCAGAGGAAACUAUAGUUGAGCAGACGAGAGCUGACUCUCGGACAGAAUUUCUGGAUGAUAUCGAAGAAAUUGGAUACAACAUUGGGUUUCACAAGCGAUACGACUUACUCCAACAGCUCGGCAAAGGCCAUUACGCGGAAGUGUACCUCUGCGCAAACAGAGUAACGGGCGUAAGAUAUGCAGUCAAAGUGCGCAUCUUCGCUUCUAAAGCAUCCGAGAAACAGAGGUCGAAUGAGUUGUUCCGAGAGGCGAGGAUGCUGCGAUUUCUCCAAAAGGACCCUCACCCGAAUAUCUUGCGGUUUGUCGAUCUCUUUGCGGAACAUUCCUUCGAGAGGACUUACUUGAUCAUGGAACUUGUGCCGCACGGCGAGUUGUUCAACUAUAUUGUUGCGAAUACGCGCUUAUCGGAAGAUGAGUCCCGAAAGGUGUUCCUGCAGUUGUUUUCAGCGCUGGAGUUUUUGCAUGAUCAAGGAUGCAUCCACCGCGACAUCAAACCCGAGAAUAUUCUAUUGGCAGAUGAGAAAAACCUUGUCAUCAAGAUAUCAGACUUUGGAUUGGCCAAAAUCAUUGGUCCUGGUACUGAGAAAUGGGAGUGGGUGACGACGCUUUGCGGAACACCAAGCUAUGUGGCCCCUGAGAUACUGGCGACUGAUUCAAAGCGGAAAUACGGGUUUCCAGUGGACAUUUGGUCCAGCGGAGUUGUCUUGUACAUUUGUCUAUGCGGCUUCCCACCCUUUUCUGAUGAGUUAUACUCGAAGGAAUUUCCGUAUACACUCACUCAGCAGAUUAAAUCGGGCAGGUUUGACUAUCCAUCACCGUAUUGGGACCCGGUUGGAGAUCCGGCGCUGGAUCUGAUUGACAGCAUGUUGGUUGUGGAUAUGGAGAAGCGGUUUACCGUCAGGCAAUGCCUUGAGCAUCCUUGGAUGCGCGAAGCGGUUCCCCAGAUACUGGCAGAGGCAAUCAGGACAGAAAGCCCAGAGCCAAUGGGGGAAGGGGAAGAAAGAAGAAAUGGUCCAGCUCAAAAGAGGUCGUUAAUCUCGGAUCUUAAGAAGUAG